CGUUAUGAUUUACGACGAGAAGAUUUGUUUGUGUUUCCGGGUUCAAAGUGAUCAUUUUGAUGAGUUUUUCGCCCUUGAGUUGGACAAACAUGGUUAUCAAGCUCUCUACAAGAAGAAGACAACAGAGGUUUACACCGGGACUUAUGCUAUCGAUGGUUGUGCAACAUUUUUCCGAAGGGACAGAUUUUCCCAUGUGAAGAAAUACGAGGUCGAAUUCAACAAGGCUGCUCAGUCACUGAUAGAUGUUGUGGUCCCAAUCACUCAGAAGAAAGCUGCUUUGUCUCGACUUCUUAAGGAUAAUGUUGCGCUAAUAGCGGUUCUGGAAGCAAAAUUUAGCAACUACGGAGCCGAUACUCCUGGAAAGCGGCAGCUUCUUUGUGUGUUCAACAGAUACAUACUCGAAUUCGUAAGCAGCAGAUAUAUACUCGAAUUUGUAAGCAGUUUAGCGGAUACGUGUUCUAUUUGUAAGCAGCGCGACAGAUAUGUACUCAGAUUUGUAAGUAGUGUAGCAGAUAUGUACUCGAAUUUAUAAGCAGUGUAGCAGAUAUGUACUCGAAUUUAUAAUCAGUGUAACAGAUAUGUACUCAAUAUAAUGAAUGUGUAAACACACACGUUUGGUAACA